GGGAGGAGUCAGACGCUUUUGGGUUACUUACAGAGGACGAACCGGAGCAAAGUCUUGGGGUAUUGUGUAACGCAACAUCACGGAAUAAAUUCCCGGAAACAUUGACCACAGAUUCCGCUCGGUGUCUUCACUUCGCCUGCUGUUAGUAGGAAACGGCGUCAGUCGCGCUAUAAUUUAACCAAAUUAACUAGCGAACAAUGCGAUAGUGCAGCCAAGCCACACGGAUAGAGAUCCAGACAGAUAACCAGAGGAAAAGUGAGCCCAAAGAGGUACAGAACACACAAGGUUUGGUUGGAUUCGUGUCAAACAAAAAAGCAAACUAAGAAAAUGUCCAAACCUAAUUAUACUGGCAUUUACCACAUGGUUUCCCAGGACAAUUUUGAAGGAUAUCUCGCGGCUUUGGAUGUUAAUUAUGCAUUAAGGAAAAUUGUCUCCAUUCUGAAACCCAGCAAACAUAUUGAACAUGAUGUCAACACUGGAAAGAUGAAGAUUAAGACAGUCACCACCUUUAAGAACUUUGACAUGGACUUCACUUUGGGACAGGAGUUCACUGAGGACCUGGGAGCAGUCGAUGGGCGAAAGUGCCAGACCACAGUGAAUUGGGACGGUGAUAAAUUGAUCUGCGUGCAGCGAGGAGAGAAAGAGGGCAGAGGCUGGACACACUGGCUAGAAGGAAACCUCCUCCAUUUGGAGAUGAGGGCUCAGGGUGUCACUGCCAAGCAGGUCUUUAAGAAGGCUGAGUGAGGAUGGAGAGAAGAGAGAGAAAUAGAGGGGCCAUUUGCUGGGGUUUUUGAGCUCAGUUUGUUCUUAGAGCCCAGGGUUCACAAAGAGGCCAUAUUGCAACAGUGAUUCGUCCCUGAGCUGCAACAAAUAGUGUUUAAAUGGAGACUACAAAUGAAGAAAUUGGUUCAAAAUUUAAAUGCAAAGGUUAAAUGAGAUCACAACAAUACAGCCCUGUUGCCCUCUGUGAACAUUCAUGAAUGGUACUGUAAAAUAUGGAUCAGGCGAGAUUCAUAGCACCCUAAUAUUGUAUUCUGCAGAUUGUUAAAAUUAAGCAGAAGCAAUGAGCCAGUGGUUUAGCUAGUCAGGUGCAACUUGAAUUAUUGAUUCCUACAUUUUAUUAUAUAAAUCUGUGUGAUAGGAUUUUGAUUAUUUGCAAUAGUCAAACAUUGUCUAAAAGUGCUGAAAUUCCUGUGGUCUGAAAUAUGUAGAUUUGUCCACUUUAGAAUAUACCAUUUAUAUUAACAUAAAA